AUGAAGGUGACCCCUCUAGAUGUACUUUAUGGAUCAGGGUCAGACCUCACUCUGUCCUGCUCAGCUGAGUCCAGUCCUCUUGCCCAGUUUCAGUGGGCUCUGAAUAGAACACUGCUGUCCAAUAUAGGACCAGAACUCUGGCUGGAGAACAUCCAUGGCAAUCAGAGUGGUAGCUACAGCUGCUGGGCCCAUAAUACCAGAACCCUGAGGUACCAGAUAUCUGAGUUCUCUGACAUCACUGUGCUGGGUAAGUGGUAGAGAGGAGAUGGAGACAUGGGAGGAAAUAGAGAGACUGGCUCUUAGGGUUUCACAGAUCUUAAGGGGUCACAGCUGAACUGGGAUGUUGGGUCUCUGGUCCAUGUACAGUAAGCUUUCUUUGAACUCCUUUCACAGAAUCAAUAUCUGGUGCUAUCAUCACUACUUCCCCAAACCCUCCAAUCAUCGAGGGGAGUUCUGUAACCUUAACCUGUGA